UUGCAUGAGCUAAAUAUUCGCACACAAGUUUCAGUUAAGCUUAAAAUGAGUUUAACUCUCUGUUUUACAAGUAAAGCACCAGAAAGGUGGUCAAUUCGACAGUUAUUCACCACUAGAGCAAAAUUGGUUCGUACAAUCAUCAAUUACAACCACUCGCUAAAGAAGCCAUCGGUUGCUAUUCAAUGGAUAUCUCGCGGCACGAGACGUUUCGCUGUCGAUAAAUAUUCGGACAAAAUACCUUACGCAAUGCCAAGCAAGAGGAAAACUACAUUUGAAAGUAAAAGGAGAGCAUGUAAAGCGAUUGUUGAUGGUUUGCUUCCAGAGCUUCCAAGCAAACCUCCAGGACUGUUUGGUUUAUUUGUGUCAGAUAAUUAUUCCAAAGUCCAAGGUGAUGUUGCCUCAGGAAAAAGUCCCACUGAAAUUUUGACACAUUUGUCCAUGAAAUGGAAGACUCUUUCGAGUGCUGAGAAAGUGCAAUUGAAACACAGACACGAUGUUUUGAAAGAGGAAUACAAACGGGAAGUCAUGAAUUUGUGGAAAGGACUGAACACCGAGAGGCGAGUUCUUCUGGAGAAAUUACAAGGUCCAAAAUUACGACAACUCGCAAAUGCAAGGCAAGAACUCCUAGAAUACCCAAAGAAGCCUCUAUCUCCUUUUCUCCUUUUCGUGAAGAAAAACGCAGAAACUGUGAACGCUUCGUCUGUGAUUGAGCGAACGAAGAUAAUGGGUCAAAAAUGGAAGGAAAUGUCGGCUGAUGAAAGGGAGGUAUUCUUUAUGGAAAGCCUAAAAGCGAACGAACAAUACCUCCAUGACGUGGUUAAAUGGAAAGAAAAGCACCCUGAAGCCACUACAAAUGAGGAUAUCUAGUUAUAAUGUUUUUUAAUGCUGUACUGUGAGUGAUGAACGAUGAACAUUUAGGAGUCCCCUGCCUUCGUAAGUGACAUACUUUCAAAAUGGCGUCCUUACCAUUAGCAAUCGUUACAGCAAGUUAACUGAACACUUAUUGCAGUAAUCUUUUUUUUAUUAUUAUUUUGAUUGUCUCAGAAGCUAAACUUGACUUUCAAAUUCAUAAUUUAUCAGCUGUAUUAAGGGGUUACGUCGGAAGAUUUUUAUCUGGCGAGCUUUUCGUUGCGCAUAAUUCAAACUUCCUCGCGUGUAGUUUCCAUAGCAUAUUUGAUUGUUGUUGUUGAUAUUUUUUGUAGAAGGUUAUCUUCCGCUUACUUUAUUCUAUGCAUGUUCUACUUGAAAUUGUAGUACAUGUACUUUGCAGGCAUGUUAACUAUUAACGUCCUGAAGGUUAUACUUAGCUGGUAGAAUUUAUCAAGUUCAAUCUUGUUGCCUUUAGUUGCAAUUAAGAAUGAAUUACUGAAACGAUUAGCGAUUGCAGUCGGUAUGUUCAACACACAUUUCCGCUCUUAUACUACUUCCUCGGUGCAACUUAAUCACCGUGUAAAGGCAUGAAUCACCUUUUAUUGGUUGCACUUUCAAUACUACUCUUGUUCAGGAAGUAAGGACCGUUGGGCUAAGAUCAGUUACUACCAAACGUUUCUUCCACAUUCGAUGCAAAUAUCCAAAGACUGAAUUGAACUUUGAAGGCCGACAUAAAAGAAAGGGACCUGUUCGUGAGGUUACGGGGGAAAAAGAACGAAAGUUUGAUAGCUCAUACCUUUUUGUUGCGAUCUUUUUUCGAAAUGAAUUUUAAAUUCGCAACUUGAGCUAUUGACAAGACCUACAAAGCGUGUAACCGCGUAAUGUUCGCACAAAAUCUUUUGCUUUGUCAUGAUAAGAUACUAAUUUGAAGAGCUCCAUAAUCUACAUUAAGCUCUAUUGGAACAAUUUGUCUAUAAUGGUGACUUUGGUCCUUGGCACUCUACAUGAUAUUACUUUAAGGUUCUAGAAAUGUCUCUUCUCAGACUUCAUGGAUGGGUAUUACAAGGUUAAUGAAAUUUGGUUUCAUUAAUUAAAAUGAUAAUAUAAAUUGGCCACGGAAGUUUUAGAAACCCUUUUCGGUGAUCAAUUUAAAUUAUGAACUCAUUUGAGAGAACCAAAUUAUCUUAUAACAGAGAUUAGCCUGUUAUAUUAUUAGAUGAAAAGGAUACUGUAUGCUGAGUGGACUUGACAUACAUCACCUUUUACAUCGCCUUCGGGCUUCCCUUAUCCCCAAGUCUGUUCAUAUUUAGCUUGCAUAGUGGGCGCAGUUUGGUCGUUAGUGUGAGAGG